GCCGUUGCGGCCGAUGAUAAUAAUAUGAAAACAUCGAUGAUCAAUCGAUCGCAGAACGUAAUGCGGAUCUGACGGCACAGACGGUACGAAACAAUCGCGAGUGAUGAUGUUGAUAGAAGAAAUAUAAACAAGGAAACGAAUCCUAUAACGAAAACGAAUUAAAUUUAACAAAAAAAAUUAGCAUAGUAUUUCGAAAUUUGAAAAGGAAAGUAUCCUUUUCGCUAACAUAACGGUGCAUUUGUUUUUUCAACGAAAUCGUGGAAAAAAUUAUUAGCAAUAUAAAAAAAAACACACCCAAACACAAAAAUGGCUCAAGAUUUUCAAACGAAACUAGAUUACGCUCGUCAAUUACGAUAUGCGCGCUCGAAAUUUAGACGAAUUAACUCUUUGGAUCUAAUACCCGAAGAUCCCAGCCUAGAGGAAUGCAAUGACGAGGACUCAAUUCGUACACCCACUUUGCUUAGUCGUUCGAAUACUGGCAUCCAACAGAAUCUUAUACCCCAACAAAAAGGCCAUAGCUCGUUGCCACUGAGAAAGCGCAUAACAAAUAUUAUAUGGUUUUGGCCUAAUCUCCUAAUAAAUAUAUUGCUACUCCUACUGCGAUACAUACUCUAUAUACCCCUGUCCAUAGCGGCUCCUAGCUUUUGGUUGUCCGCUUUGUUGUGGGUGUUUUGGAAGACUAUACGAGUUCCUGUGGAAUGUUUUAAGUGGAUUAUUCAUGCCAGCCCUGCAGUAAGUGCCCAGGGGCAGGGUAGCUCUAAUGGCAUUGAGGCUCCCAAAAGAACGGUACUCAUCAGCUGCGGCAGUACAAUACAAACAUUGCACUUGGCCAGAAAUUUCUACUCUUCGGGAGCCAGAGUUGUGGUUUUUGAAUUCGAUGGUCUAUUUGGCCUGGCUCGUUUCUCGGCAGCUGUUGAUAAAUUCUAUGCGGUGCCCAAGCCCACGCCCCAAAAUGUGGAUAGUUAUAUCUCGGCACUGUGUCAUAUUGUGCGUAAGGAAAAGCCUUCAGUUUAUAUACCCGUUUGUGCUACCAGCCCAGCUUACUACGACUCAGUGGCCAAACCUCACCUGGAACUCUUGGGAUGUGCCACAUUUAUAACUGGCGUACAAGAAACUCUGAUACUGGACGAUUGUUUGCAAUUCUAUCAACGUUGUGCCUCACAAAAUAUAGCCGUACCACCCUAUGUGGCACUAUCAUCGGCUCACGAGCUAUGGGAGCUCUAUGAGGAGGGCUUCAUAAGUCAAUUCCGCAAUAUUCUAGUGGCGGUCGGUAUGCAAGGUGUAUUGGAACGCUUUAAGUAUAUGUUGCCUCGUCGCAUGAGAGACUUACGAUUCUCCCAUGAAAUAAAUGAACGCCAACAAUGGCUGGUGGUGCGAGAUGUUCCCGGCGAUCACUAUGUGACUUGCACCACCAUCAAAUCAAGCCAAGUUGCAGCCAAUAUCAGUUGUCGGGUGGAUCAUGAAACGAAGAAUCUCAUACCCAUAACAGCAAGUGCAACGGCCACAGCUAUGGAUGCCCAUCUCAUCGAUAACUGGCUUAAAACAUUCUUUGCCAAAGUCCACUUCCAGCGUCCCAUAAAUUGCCACAUCAGUUUCCGCUUGAUAAAAUGCCAAUCCACAGGCCAGUUUCUGCCACUGGGCAUACGGCUGGGCGUAUCGCUGCCCUAUAUCUGUCACAAUCGAUCUCAUGCGCAAAUCCUAUGUCGCACAAUGAAAUGUGUCCAUAUGAGGCCUUUGAGUUUUGUUACCAGUAAUGGCACAUCUUCCCACAAAGACGAUGAUGAGGCUUCUGCGGUUUCCUCUCUGGCCUACUUUAGUGCAACAAUGGCCUUGGAUAAAAGAGAAGCGCUCUUCACCUACUGGGAUCCCUUGCCUUAUUGCGCAUACUAUCAUUUCCAAUUGCCAUUGGAGUCUGUCAAGAGUUUUUUACAAAAACGCCGUAAGGCCUCAGCAAAAUAUCACCAACACUGAGGAUUAUGAUGAUGAUGAUGGACGAAAAAUAGGGUAAACGAUAACAGGGGUUGGAGGAAAACGAAAAACUCUUGUUGACUUAAGUUCAAAGUAUGUGCAUAAUGUGUCACAUCCGCUCCCCCUAUUUGGUUACUCUAUGAAGAGUUCAUUUGAAAAGUGUUAUGGAACUGAAAUUCUCACACUUUGGUCACAUGGGAGUUUUAGAGAAAAUGUUACGUCUGGCUGGCUGGUUCCAUGUGUUUUAAUUAAAAAUUUUUACAUAUGCCAUUGUAUAACCAUUUUGUGAUCACCUUCAAUCCCAAAUUUUACCUACAUCUCCACGAGUUGUUGGGUUUUCAACAUUGAAAUUACUUUGCGCUAUAGUAAAUAAAAUUGAAUAUUAAAAAAAUAAUAUUCUACCUCAGUUCCUUAUUAGUCAGAAUAUGAGCCCAUUUACGUUCUUCCCUUCUUUGGCUGAUGUUUUAAAAAUAGGUAUCUUCAUUUUGUUUACACAACAAUCAUGACCUGACUUACAAAAAAUAUAUACAAAACCGUUCUUGUUAACAUACAAAAACUCUCAUGCUCAUUUCGCAACUUUAAUAAAUAAGUGGUAAAUCAUAUCAAACUUACAGAUGGCAACGCAGUUUACAGGCACCGUUCAUAAGCGAACACAUUCUAAUGUGUAAAGGCAUAGAUAAGAAGAAAUUUAACUGUAUUUCAUACGAUAAGGUUGUCAACAAAGAAGCCAACCAUAAUAACAGCACAGCGAAUGAUGUUGCCGCUCCAUAACACUAUGUACCAAAGAGAGCAUAUUGAGGGGAAACACAUCCUUUGAACUAUUGAUAAACAAACGAAUAGAGCGCGCCAGAGAGAGAGAGAGAGAGAGAGUAAAAUAGACUGAUACUUGUUUUGAUUGAUUUUUGUUGUUACUGCGCUUGCAUUGUAUGAAUCUAAAACUAUUCAAUUCCAUUUGAAAUUUACCCCAGCCCGCUUAUGCCCCCCAAACACACACAACAAAGUGAUAUUUUAGUCUUUCUCUUCCAUUGCUUAAUUUAAGUUUGAAAAUGUUAACUUUAAGAAAAUUCCAUUUACGCACCAAAUAAAUGUGUUACAUGUACAAACGCACCACAUAUUUUGUUAAAGAAA